GUCUCUGGCCGGGCUCCUCCCUGAAGUCAUGCCACCUGAAGUUAAGCCGCAUCUCUGACACUCAGUUGCUUCUUCUCCUCUUGAUGUUCAGCCGCUUGUCUGUCUGCCAGCUGAGGUCUGGGGUUUAUAUGGGCAUGGGAUAGGGGGGCUGGACAGGCUAAAGAGUAACAUUUGGGCAGGAUAACAGGGAUAACUGUUCUCAUUUAGGGCUUCGGUUUCAAGGCUUGAGGGUGGGACCUUUGCCAGUGAACCACCCUCUUCUACCCAGUAAAGCCCUGCCUUCUGUCCUUAUCACUUCUUUCCAAAAAGGCUGUCAUUUUGCAUUCUCAUCAGCAAUGCAUGACACUUCCAGUUGCUUUGCAUACCUUGCCAUACUUGAUAUUGUCAGGGUUUUAUAGCCAUUGUAAUAAGUAUGUAAAAGUGUUCCAUUGUGGAUUUGAUUUACACUUCCCUAAUGACUACAAUGUUUAGCAUCUUUUAAUGUUCAUCUGUGUAGUUCCUUUGGUGAAAUGUCUGUUCAAAUAUUUUGCCCAUUUUGUUAUUGGGUGUUUGUUUUCAGAUUUGAGAGUUGUUGAUACUAUAUUUUCUACAGGUCUGUGGCUUGACUGUUUUAACCUCCUUCUGACUUUUCUAAGAAGACAAUGUGAUUUAUAAACGUAAAUAUCUGUAGUGGAAAAACUCCCAUGGCCCAUCUGUAAUUUCAGACCUGGGAUUCCCCAGAGGUUCCAAGCUCUCAUUGACGGGUAGUUGCUGGUUAUGGCCAACAGCCAGGUUGAUUCAGGCACUGACAUGUUAGGACAUUCUGCACAUGCGUGCCUCUAACACUCCUCCCCCAGCCUCUUCCUCCCCUCUGCAGAGACACCCUUCUCCUUUCUGCUGUCUCUGCACAGGUGGCCAGAGCCACACAGCCCUUUCUUUAAGUCAGGAGUUGCCCUGUCAGAGCACAAGGCAAGAAGGAAGUGGUAAAGGGACAGAGGGGAAGCCCUGAGAGGACUGAGAGGAUGGGAAAUUCUCUGCUGAGAGAAGACAGGUUUUGCCUUCUCCCAAGAAUCAUGGUGAGCAGCUGAUGGAGAAUAGCUGAAAGGUGGAAAGACUUUACCAAGGAAGGUCUAUAUAAUAGGUUACCACCUAAGAAAUGAAACAACUUUCUGAAAGCCCGGGAAGGAGAUGCUCUCCUGAGCUCCUCAUGCUCCACAAGGAGGUCAAAAUCACCACCCUCUUUCAGCCACUAUUUUAAGUUUGAAAUAAACAGCAAGCUUCCUGCCACCUUGAGUCUUCCUUUGAUGUGCACUCCCUGCAAGCAGUUUCAGGCGGCAGCAGAACACUCAAGAGAUGCCUUGGAAUGUGAGAAUGCAAAGCCCCAAACAGAGAACAUCCAGAUGCUGGGAUCACCAUAUCGCUGAAGGGUGUUUCUGCCUUCCAUGGAAAAAAAUACUCAUUUUUGAAAAGAGGCAAGAUUCCCAAAACGAAAAUGAAGGAAUGUCAUCUACUCCCAUCCAGGACAAUGUUGACCAGACCUACUCAGAGGAGCUGUGCUAUACCCUCAUCAAUCAUCGGGUUCUCUGUACAAGGCCAUCAGGGAACUCUGCUGAAGAGUACUAUGAGAAUGUUCCCUGCAAAGCUGAGAGACCCAGAGAGUCCUUGGGAGGAACUGAGACUGAGUAUUCAGUUCUACAUAUGCCUUCUACCCCCAGGCAUGCCCGAUCCCCAGAAGAUGAAUAUGAACUUCUCAUGCCUCACAGAAUCUCCUCUCACUUUCUGCAACAGCCACGUCCACUUAUGGCCCCUUCUGAGACUCAGUUUUCCCAUUCAUAGUGAAGUGGCUGGACUAGCAUUUGUUUAGCACCAACAAAUAAAAGGUGGGAUGGGGGAUCUGCCUGAAGCAGGGAUGGGACACAAAGUCCCUCCAGCUUAUCUCCCACAACAACCCUUUCCCUGCAGAGCAUGGUUUGUAUACCACAAGCCCUCUUAGCACGCAAGAGCCAAAAUCUAAAGAUCAACCAUUUAUCCUGAACAACACCAUUUGAGAAAUAGGUAACCAUCUUUGUUUCUACAUGGUUUGGAGAGUAUAGUGGUAGGAGGGGCUCCCUGAUUCCCCUAAAGCUAUGCACACCACAAGGGGCUCUGCUCUUCUGUCUGGGAUCUUCUUAUAAAGUGUUCCCAUGAUCAUUCUCUAAAGUCACAAGGAAGCUUUACUCAUCAUACUAAGUGUGCCCAAGGGGGAGUUCACUCAUUACUGUGACCUUCCAGCUCAGCCCCCACCCCAUGGGAGCCUGUGUUGCUCCUCUCACUCCAUGUGUCUAAGUCAUGUCUUUUACAUAGUGUCCUUUGACCUGUUGGCCCCCAUGGUCUGGUUAGUUAUGUGAGUUGAAUCAAGAGGCUCUAGGCCAGAUGUUUACAUAAUUUUAACCUAUAUGAUUUUAUUUUUAACUUUGUAUUUCUCCCUAGAAAUCUUAAUAAGACAAUUAUACCAUCAGACAAUGUUAAGAAGAACGAUCCUUGGAGAUCCCGUAAUCCCACUACCCUUCUUUGGCUCAGAGAGGAUAAUUUGCCUAAUGAUACAUUAAAGUUAGUGGCAAAACUUAAUUUGGAGCCUGAUUUCCUACUGACUUCCAAUUUAGUGCUCCCCCAGUAUGCUAAAUAGAAAGCCCUCUGCAAUAUAUUAAAUGUAUACUAAAUGUAUAUAUUUAAUAAUGUCAUGUAUAAAAUAUGAAUAAAAUGUCCACAUAGGAAAUUAACACAUA